AUGAGACAUGCUGUCGCCGUUCGUAGCGGCGUGAAAAGCAUCAAAUUCCAGUCUACGUCUGCCAGCUACCCAGCCCUGAGAUACUUUCACUCCUCUACGCGUAGGCACAGCCCACAACAUCCCAGUGGCCCCGAUGCUCUUGAUCCACGCCUGGAAGACCUGGGAAAGGUCAUUAGGGACGAAUACGCGGUAAUUAGGAAGGACUACGAUGCCCCAAAACAUGCAGUUGUUCUCGCCCAUGGCCUGCUUGGAUUCGCCGAACUGCGUCUUGCUGGACGUUAUCUUCCUGGGGUCCAGUAUUGGCGUGGUAUCAAGGAAGCUUUGUCAGUGAAAGGGGUUCGAGUCAUCACUGCCACAGUGCCUCCCUCCGCAUCCAUCGAAACGCGUGCUGAAGAAUUAGCGAGAGAUAUCGCUAUUGGCGCACCCGGAGAACAUGUAAAUAUUAUUGCCAUCUACUUGCCAUUACGGGAGCUGUUAUUUACACUUCCCUUAGGGGUAAGAACCAGGAAACUCUACCCUCCAAUGGCGGUUGUUAAUCAGUGCUCAAGCGGGCUUGACUCUCGAUAUAUGAUCACCCAUCUGAAGCCGAAUGACUUCAAGGUAAAGUCGUUGACGACGAUUGCGACCCCACAUAGAGGCUCUGCCGUUGCAGACUACGUUCUUAAGCAGAUUGGCGAUGACCGCCUUGCCCAGCUGUACUAUGCUCUAGACCGGCUAAAGGUAGAAACGGGCGCGUUUGCCCAGCUAACCCGUGACUACAUGACGAACACUUUCAACCCCGCAACGCCAGAUAUUGAAGAUGUCCGAUACUUUUCCUACGGGGCGGCAAUGCAGCCAAGCUUCUGGUCCGCCUUCCGUCUAUCCCACCGUCUUCUGGAACAAACAGAAGGGUACAAUGAUGGACUUGUCAGCGUUGCCAGCAGCAAGUGGGGAGGAUACAAGGGCACCCUUGAAGGCGUCAGCCACUUGGACUUGAUCAACUGGAGCAACCGACUGAAGUGGUUGGCCGGAGAAAUUACAGGCAACAGACAGAGGUUCAAUGCUAUUGCGUUCUACCUUGAUAUUGCAGCAAAAACCAGCCCUGCGAGAGGAUCGCCGUUCAGUCUGGCUCGCUUUCCCCCGUCAGACGGUGUCAGACUGAGAGGCCCAGAAUGGGUCGCACCCACUGUAUGA